GUUUCUUAAACGAGGGACAUAUUCAUAGGGCACAGAAUGUUUUCACCUCAAUAGACGUCAUUGAUUGGUUGACAACAGAAGCUGGUUUUAAGAAAGGAAAUAAACAAACUGCCAUCAUGUCUUUGAAUGAUGUCGAUGUUGAUGAGAUGUUUUUGCAAAUGAGUGAAAAGUUGGGUUGGCUGCAAUUAGGUGAUGUAGACUCUGCUAUUAGUUCUUUGACAAAGAAACAAAAGCACAAGAAGAGUGCAAAGAAAGGGUCCACGACGAAAAACAUCGGCGCCUCUUCUAAGAACAGUAUCGCCGCCAACACUGCCGCCACCUCUUUGUCCACGUCGUCAAAGGUGAAGAAGUCUAAGCCUACUACGAAGAAGCAGGGUGGUUCUGGGAAGUCUGAUGUUAGAUCCAGUGGAGAUUGCAAUGAUGAUGCCGUUAAAGUUGCAAGUAACCACAAGAAAAAUACGAAAACAGAUUUGCUGGAUGAAACUGGUGGAAAAACUCUUGGGAAAAUCCAUGUUGGUUCAGAAUCACAGGAAGAAAAGAACCUGUUCUUAGCAAUGUCAACACUGGAGUGCCUUGAUAGCCAAGACUUGACUAGGAGUAAUAAUGGUUAUAAUGAUAAUGAUGAUGAGGAUGAUAAUAAGAAUGAUGAUUAUGAUGACAAAAUAGGAGAGGACAAGACAAGUUUGGUCACUUCUGUAUUUUCCCAGCCACCUAAACCACAUUCGCCAUCCUGUCAGCACAGUGAUGACUCAAAUAGCAACAGCCUAAAAAGCCCAUCAGAUUUGUCUGUUUCCGAUGACUUGGCCUCGAUGACUAGUAUUUGCAAGAAGAUCUCGUUUGCAUCUGAUGACUCGACAACCGAAAGAUCUUUGAACAGUAGCGAUUCAGCUUCCAAUACCUCAAACACUAGCAACACCUUUGAAAAAAGUCCUUUGACAACAACAGCAACAACAAUUCAAACACCUCCUGCGAUUGCUGAAACUGUGAAGAUGCCGGAUAUUCCUAGCAAGGCUGUUUUGGCCACUAAACCUUCACUUGGCACAUCUGCGACUCCAAGAAAGAUUCAGAGCCCAUGUUCAACUGGCAGUUCAAUACAAAGAUCUGGCACUAAUAAAUAUUUUGGUAAAGAAGAUGGAAGCAGUAAAGACACUGAUGGGUUUUGCAACAACAAGGAAACUCAACCGAUGCCAUCGUCAACCAACAAGACUCCUUUUUCUGUUGAAGAAUUCUUCAUUUCUGAUGACGAUGACAACGAAAAUGAUGAUUAUAUCAUCGAUUGUGAUGAUGGUGAUUUUCAUGAUUAUACUCCAUCUCGUCCUGGCCAUCAGCUUCUUUCGGAUAUUAAAAGUGGGAAGAAACCAUUGAACAAUUCUGGCGGAUUUCCUGCAACACCUUUAGCAGCUCUCAAAGAGAGACGUUGCCAGUCGGAGUUGCGUCCUCAAAAAUACUUCAGCAGCAACAAUAACAACAACAAUGCGGACGAUAAACAAGGGAAACAAAGGAACCUCCCGAAUCUGUUAAUGUCAUCGGACAGCAGCAGUGAUGACGACAAUACAUUUGAGGCAUUUCUGACCAAAAUGAAGACGCCGGCUCGCAAAAAGCCAACCACAUCACCUGUGUCUAUGGAUGUUUUCAUUGUCUCCGAUUCAGAAUCGUCAAGUGAAAACAGCGAUUCUGAUGACAAAUACUCUGUAUCACUCUAUCACCGCAUCCGACCAAUCAGCCCAGGCAUCUCACCUUUCAAGGGAUCCUUUGACAAUAAUCCCCCGUCAUCGGUCUGUAAGGAAAACCCACGCCAGUCCAAUACCUGUGAAAAACGAUCAACUGGAAGUAUGAAACCAAUCAAAGAUGCCAAACCAAAACCGGAAACCAAAACUGGCAAGCAUGGCGUUAGCGGUGGUGAUGACGGUGUGUUUAGAAAACCAUCUGUAUUUCCCAGCACCAGCACUAAUUCUUCAACUGGAUCUAAAUCUAAAUCAACUGUGACAGGAUUGAAAACUCCAGUCUGGGAUAAAAGGUCCACACCUGUGAACAAUGUGUUACCGAAUGUUCCACGUGGCGGCAAAGUUCCUCAAACCUGUCCGACGCUGAAGUACUUACACCAGGCACCGCCUCCACUUUCGCACAAGACAAACAAACAGUGUCAGGGUGACGGCUACACUGUCUUCUUGGAAUCUUUGUCAGAAAGUACCGAAAACUUACGAUACGUUAAUGAAGAAGCGAGGAAAUUUGUGAAAUACUUUAAGCAAUUUCGAUUGCAACUCGUUAAAAAGCUGUUUGCAAUUUACAACGAAACCAUCUUUGAUAACAGGUUCCCAGUAGAUUUCCCAAUUGUCUGGAACAAACGUUUACUGACCACAGCUGGUCACUGCAAGCUAACAAAGAAAACUAACACUCUAAGUAAAACCCAGGUGAGGUCAGCUGAAGUCAACCUGGCGACCAAGGUGUGUGACACAGCCGAACGGGUACGUGAUACGCUUAUCCAUGAACUGUGCCAUGCUGCAGUCUGGUUGUUCAACGGCAGUCACGAGGGGCACGGUGCGCUUUGGAAGUCUUGGGCAAGGCGAGCGAACCGGCGCUAUCCUUCUGCACUGCCGAUUAUUGAACGUUGCCACAGCUAUAAAAUCGCCAAGAAGUACACCUACAAGUGCGUCCGAUGUGGUUACAGCUUUGGGCGCCACUCCAAGUCUCUGGACACGACGAAGAAGGUCUGUGGGUACUGCCGCGGCCGUUUUGUGUUGGUGACCACUGUGGAUUCUACCCGUGAUUCCAACAAGGGCGGCUCAGAGGCGACACCAGCACGUACCCCUAACAAGUUUGCCCUGUUUGUCAAAGAACACUAUGGAAACGUGAAGAAAUCAAACUCGUGUUCCCAUAAGGAUGUCAUGAACAUUCUCAGCCAGAAAUUCAAAGAGGCCAAGAUCUGUUGAAGGUUUUAGGAAAUCUUGAUGACGAAGGUAUGACGUGAUAAAAGCAUCAAUACACACACAUACAUAUAUAAAUAUACUAGCAGUAUCGCCCGGCGUUGCUCGGGUUUGUAAGGGAAAUAACUAUAAAGCAUUUUUAGAGAGUUAUA